GGAGUCACAGAUGUCCUGUGUGAAGCCUGUGACCAGUUAGGAUGGAAGGUGCCAACGAAGAUCCAAAUUGAGGCUAUUCCAGUGGCUCUCCAAGGCAGGGAUGUCAUUGGACUGGCAGAAACUGGCUCUGGGAAAACAGGAGCCUUUGCUUUGCCAAUUCUCCAAGCCCUUCUGGAAACACCUCAGCGAUUAUUUGCUCUUGUGCUCACACCAACAAGGGAGCUGGCCUUUCAAAUCUCAGAGCAGUUUGAAGCUCUGGGGUCCUCCAUUGGUGUUCAAAGCACGGUUAUUGUGGGUGGAAUUGACACGAUGUCUCAGUCUCUGGCCUUAGCCAAGAAACCACAUGUUAUAAUUGCAACCCCUGGCCGUCUGGUUGAUCAUCUGGAGAACACAAAGGGCUUCAACUUACGAGCUCUGAAGUUCCUGGUGAUGGAUGAGGCUGACCGGAUCCUUAACAUGGAUUUCGAGACCGAGGUGGAUAAGAUAUUAAAAGUGAUUCCUCGAGAUAGGAAGACAUUCCUAUUUUCUGCCACCAUGACCAAGAAGGUUCAAAAACUCCAGCGUGCUGCUCUGAAGAAUCCUGUUAAAUGUGCUGUUUCUUCCAAGUAUCAGACAGUUGAAAAACUACAGCAAUACUAUAUUUUCAUCCCCUCCAAAUUCAAGGACAGCUACCUGGUUUAUAUCUUGAAUGAACUGGCUGGUAACUCUUUCAUGAUAUUCUGCAGUACAUGUAACAAUACUCAGAGGACUGCUCUGCUGCUCCGCAACCUGGGCUUCACUGCCAUUCCCCUGCAUGGGCAGAUGAGUCAGAAUAAACGUUUGGGCUCUCUGAACAAGUUCAAGGCAAAGGCACGUUCUAUUCUCCUGGCUACUGAUGUUGCAAGCAGAGGUCUGGACAUCCCACAUGUGGAUGUGGUGAUAAACUUUGAUAUUCCUACACACUCUAAGGAUUACAUUCACCGUGUUGGGAGAACAGCUCGAGCUGGGAGAUCUGGCAAAUCUAUCACCUUUGUCACACAGUAUGAUGUAGAGCUGUUCCAGCGCAUUGAACACCUGAUUGGCAAGAAGCUGCCAGCAUUCCCCAUGCAAGAGGAAGAAGUUAUGAUGCUGACAGAGCGUGUGGCUGAGGCCCAGAGGUUUGCUCGAAUGGAGCUGCGGGAGCAGGGAGAGAAGAAGCGAUCUCGGAACGAUGAUGAUGACACAGAAGAGGCUAUUGGUGUCAGGAAUAAGGUGGCAGGAGGGAAAAAGAAGAAAAGGAAAGCCUAGUUUGGUAUUUGAACAAACUCUUUUAUUUUUCUCUUUAUGGCUAUCUGAGCUAUCAAAAACAGUGCACCAAGCCAUCUCCAGUGGAUUUUUUUUCAGAACUACAUAGGAAAUUUGGCAGUCCCUGCUCAUUCACUCUGAAGUGCAGUGUGAGUGCACCUUUUCCACUGCUGCAGCCUGUCCCACUAUCCAAUCUCUCUGAGUGCAUCUGGAGUCAGAUCUGUCAGAAGAAAGAGGAAAAAGUUAAAAAGAAGUGACUGAGUUUUCACAGCAUAGCUGUGAUGCCCUUGCUUUGGAGAACGGAUGUGUUACAUUGAGAACUCAAAAUGUAUUUUGCCUAAUUUUAAAGCUACAUGGUUUUCCUUGUCUUGUCACUGACUGUUCUAUUCACUUUGUGUAUCAUCUCUGCCAGAAGGUUUUCUUCUUGGGUCAAUCCUGGCAAUUCAGAUGUGACAUCAAUACCUUAGAUUUGUCAGCUGAGGAGCAGUCCAGCACAGAGAACAAGCUUCAGCAGGAUGAAACAUUCACUGCCUGGAAUUCCAUCCAAUACCUGCUAAUGAUUGACACCAUCAAGGAUAGGUCUGGGUUUUGGGUGGGGUUUUUGUGGCGGAUUCUCAUAAUACUUACAAGUGAACACAAGAGGGAGGUAUUUACGUGGGAAAGCAACUCAAAGCUGAGAGGUGCAGAGAAACAAGUAUCCUGGAAAGCUCUUUGUUUCCUUGGGCAGGGAAUUUUUUUACUCUUAGGCAGAGUUCCAUGCCAGACAAGUAGACUUUUGCAAGAAAGAGAUAAGUGUACUUGAUACAAAGCCAGAAGGUUACUGCUAGUUCUCAUUGACAAUAAAAAUUUUCAUACAGGAUAUUCCUGCUGGUAGGCAGAGUGAGGAGCUCCUGCAUAUGUAAAUUUACUGAAAACAUAAUGUCCAGUAUUCAUAAACUGGAUUUUGUGCUACAUGAAAAACAACGUUCAAAGUAGUCCUUUUUAGAUCUAAAUGGAAAGUAGAAA